AUGUCUGUAGCCAGCCAAGCCAGUCCGGAAAUCUGGCUUGAGAUUGGUUAUUACGUUGACUCAUUUCAUGGGCUGGCCGCUCUCGCACGGGUCAAUCGAAUGCUGUACGGAAUAUUCCAAGUCGAACUAUACUGUCAAGCCGUCGGAGAGUCAUGUUCGGAAAUCACAGUGCUUGCCGCUGCCAAGGGCAAUCUGGAUACUCUCAAAGUCGCUGCGGCAUUCGGUGCGGAUAUGAACAGAGUCUACGCCACCCCAUACCCGAUAUGGAACCGCGACGGAAGCCGAGAACCGAUUAGAAUCCCCCUCGAGCAGUGUUGGGCAACCCCACUGCAUCUUGCCGUUCAAUAUGGACACGAAGAAGUUGUCAGAUGGCUUGUGCACGUGCAGAAAGUCAAGGUCAACUCUCCUGCUCGCGAGCUUCUUGAGAAUGGCGGCUCCCACGACACACUCAUCGCUCGUGAAAACCUACCUCCCUUCGAAAAUGGGGCUUGGGAGGUGUUGUCAGUCCCUGAUCAGCCUUACAGGCCACAACUGUACGCGAGGGAUCACUGGAAAUCAGUACGAAAUGUCAAACUACCCCAUAUUGCCGCGCUGUCAAAGUCUGAGGCCAUCAUGACACUCGUCGUUAGAGACUUUGGCGGAGAUGUUAAUGCGGCGGACGCAUCUGCCGCCACACCACUUCAUUACGCCAUCAUCGAAAAGGAUGAAAUGAUGAUUCGUCAUCUUCUAUCAUUGGGUGCGGACCCAGAUUGUCAACAGAAUCAUUUCCAGCAUAACGUGCCAACGGGCGGCAUGCGUUGGGGCGCGCUUGAUUUUGCUCUCCGAUUUGAGCCAAGACUGGCAAGCAUACUCCUCGAGCAUGGGGCUUCGGUGUAG